AUGGCCAGAUUUUUUUAUAUUUUACUGGUGAUGGCAAUUCUGAACGAAGCUUCUAACCCCUCGCUCCAUGAAUCAACAAAAAAAGUUAAAUUUUUAGUAAAUUUGUUUUUUUUAAAACAAUCCCAAUUCGCAAAAAUUGGAAAGCAAAUAUUUUUGUUUAAUUGCAAAAUUUAUGCUUUAAAAUGCAACCUGUUCAAAAUAAAACAGAAUUGGCUAGAGAUUUAAUUAUACUAAUUAUCACUUAUAUAUCAAAUUAAAAUUUUGUAAUAAAAUAAUUUGUUGUUCGCUCUCAUGUUUUUGAACAAAAAUAGGGGUUUUCCAAUGGUUUUGCUGGCUCACGGAAGGGGGGAGUAAGAAAGAACUACUGAAAACUUCAGAAGACUCAGGCUUUUGCGUUCGGAAUCGCUAUCUUACCAGGAAUAGAGCCCAAAUCAAAAACUCUGGCCUUCGUUUUGAUAUGGACUAUGAGGUUGACUCAACCAGUAUCCAGAAAAUCCCUGGAGGUAUUUCAUUUCUCGUGAAAAGCAUCUUUGAGGACGUUCCAUUCCUCAAAGGGAGCAUCGUGCUUUUAACUUCGGGCUCCCUUCAUGUCAACUUUGACGAAAUCCAUCCUCUUUUCCCUCGAUUCAGAUCCCCUUACGAUGAUAUUCUAAACAGUGAAUCUCUCCACGAGGUACCAGAUGACUCAGUAAAGGUAAAACCCAACCAAGUCAUAUGGACUUAUGGUAAGCAAAAAUACGAGCUUAAUUUUUCUCCUAUAACAAUUCAAGGCUACUAUGAUGAAACCUUGACCUUAAAAGUAAACAGCCAUUCUAUGAUGAACUUUGAUAGAUACAGAAGCAGAGAUGCUGACUUAAAGCCUGCUUCUCAAGUUAAGGACACUUCAAGUCCUAUAAAGAUCUUAGAUUCAGCUGGCGUUUACUUAGAAAAAGGAGGGGAGUUAGCUUAUUUUGAUGACCUGUGGAGUGAAACUUUCAUCGACUUCGUUGACAAUAAGAAAAGAGGCCCAAGCAGUGUGGCGAUGGACUUUGCCUUUGUUGACGCUACUGAUGUGUAUGGACUUCCUGAGCAUGCAGAUCAUAUAUCUUUGAAGGAUACAGUUGAUGAUGAACCUUACAGAAUUUAUAAUAUCGACUAUACAGAGCAUGCUGUUGACACCAGACAGUCACUUUAUGGGAACAUUCCUUUCAUGCUAACUCCCCCCCCCCCUCCGUGAGCGAACAAAACCAUUAGAAAAAUCACCAUUUUUUGACCAAAAACCCCACCCUCCGUGAGCGAACAAAAAUUUUUUUAAUAGAAAAAAUUUUAAUGGAAAAAAAUUUUGAUAUAUAAGUGAUAAUUAGUAUAAUGAAAUCUAGAGCUAAUUCUGUUUAAUUUUAAACAAAUUGCGUUUUAAAACAUAAAUUUUGCAAAUUAAAUUAAUAUUUGCUUCCAAUUUUUGCAAAUUAGGAUUUUUUUAAAUUUCGAAAAAAAUAUUUUUUAUAAAAUUUAUAUAUAAAUUUUUUUUAAAAAAAAAAAUUAACCCCCUCCGUGAGUGUGACAAAAUUUUUUUUGUUCGCUCACGGAGGGGGGGGGGGAGUAAGCAGAUCUUCUAAAAAAAUAGCAGGAGGAGUCUUUUGGUUCAACCCUUCUGAGACUUAUGUCGAUAUUUCUACUUCAAAUAAAGAAAAAUUAACUCAUUGGAUUUCUGAGUCAGGAGUAAUUGAUUUCUUCCUAAUUGUCAGUGAAACUCCUAUGAAUGUUGUUGAAACUUACACAAUGCUGACUGGACCUCCACAGCUGCCACCUCAGUUUGCAUUAGGCUAUCACCAAUGUAGGUGGAAUUAUAUCAGUCAAGAAGAUUUAUUGGACGUUUCAAGUGGCUUCGAAACCAAUAAUCUCCCCAUGGAUGUGAUAUGGCUUGACAUUGAGUACACUCCUGAAAGGCAAUAUUUCAUGUGGGAUCAUAACACCUUCCCUGACCCUAUAGGCAUGCAGAAUACACUUGACACACAAAACAGAAAACUUGUCACUAUUAUUGACCCACAUAUAAAAAGAAGUGAUAAAUAUUCUGUCCAUUGUGAAGCUGAAGACCUUGAUCUCUAUGUGAAAAAUGAGGAUGGGGAAGAUUUCGUAGGAUUGUGCUGGCCUGGCAGAUCAUCAUGGCUUGAUUUUACUAAAAAAGAUGCACAAGAAUAUUGGGCAGAGCACUACAGUUUAGAACGAUUCCCAGGAUCUACAAAUAACACUUAUAUUUGGAACGAUAUGAACGAGCCUUCUGUUUUUACAGGUCCAGAAGGGACUAUGCCCAAGACAAGCUUGCAUGGUGAUGUAGAACAUCGAGAUGUCCAUAACCUUUAUGGCCUGCUAAUGAUGAUGUCUACACACAGGGGCCUUUUGGAAAGGUCAGGCAAUACAGAACGGCCAUUUGUGCUCACUCGUUCCUUCUUUGCAGGAGUCCAGAAGUAUGGAGCCAUUUGGACUGGUGAUAAUACUGCUAAAUGGGAGUACUUAGAAUACUCAAUUCCAAUGUGUCUUAGCGUUGCCUUACUCCCCCUCCCUCCGUGAGUGGACAAAACCAUUGGAAAAAUCCCUAUUUUUUGCCCAAAAACCCACCCUCUUUAAUUGAACAAAAAUUUUUGAUAUAUAAGUGACAAUUAGUAUAAUGAAAUCUAGAGCUAAUUCUAUUUAAUUUUUAAACAAAUUGCGUUUUAAAACAUAAAUUUUUUAUAAAUUAAAUUAAUAUUUGCUUCCCAAUUUUUGCAAAUUAGGAUUUUUUUAAAAUUUCGAAAAAAAAAAUUUUCAACAAAAUUUAUAUAUAAAAAAUUUUUAAAACAAAAAUUAACCCCUCUGUGAGUGAACAAAAUUGUUUUAUUCACUCACAGAGGAGGGGAGUUAGGAGGAGUCAGUAUGUGUGGAGCAGACAUUGGAGGGUUUUUUGGAGACCCAGAGCCUGAACUCUUGGUGAGAUGGUAUCAAUUAGCAGCUUUUCUCCCAUUUUUCAGAGGACAUUCAAGCAUUGAAUCCAAAAGAAGAGAACCAUGGCUGAGCGGUGAGCCUUAUCUUAGCCAAAUCAGACAAUCCUUAAGGCUUAGAUAUGCUAUGCUUCCUUACUGGUAUACUCUUUUCUUCCAAUACCACAGAAAUGGGACUCCAGUAAUUCGUCCUAUGUUUUUAGAAUUCCCAAUGGACAAGAAGACUGCUAAAAUUGAUAAUCAAUUUUUGUUAGGACCUUCUAUUAUGGUAGCAGCUGUCAUACAAGCAGGCCAAGAGAAAGUCGAAAUUUACUUGCCUGAAGGAAAAUGGUACGACUAUCAUACAUAUUCCCAAGUUGACUAUGGAGAAAUCUACUAUGAAGUCCAGGAGAACUGGGUUCCUGCUUUCCUUAGAGGUGGGCAUAUAGUUCCUAGGCAAGAUAGAGAAAGAAAUAGUAGCGUGCUUAAAUAUUUGGAUCCUUUUACCUUAAUUGUAGCACUUGAUGAAAAUGAAGAAGCAGCUGGAAACUUGUAUAUUGAUGACACCAAAACACAUAACUACCAAUCAGGUGAAUUUUUGUAUGCUGAAAUGAAGUUCAAGGACCAGAAGCUGAAAUACGAAGUUGCAAACGCAAUGGAGUUAGAAAAUCAGAUUGAAAAAAUAGUUAUCGUUGGCAUGCAGAAAACACCUCAGCAUGUAUUAAUUGAAAAUAAGCAUGGUGCAACAGCUGCUGAAUUUAGUAUGAAAGAAAAUGCUGUAGUUAUCAAACUCUCAGAAGUCCAAGUAAAUGAGCAUUGGGUUCUAACUAUUAAUUAA